AUGGAUUUCACAACUUUUGUUCUACUCCUUCUAAUCCUCCUUUUGACUUUCAAUCUCCUCUCCAACUCCAAUUUCCGGCGGCGGCGGUGCCGCCUUCCGCCGGGGCCCUAUCCACUUAUAGCCAUCGGAAACUUCCACCAGCUCGGCAAAAACCCUCACCAAUCCCUCGCCAAACUCUCCAAAACUUACGGCCCUCUCAUGCAUCUCCGCCUCGGCAGCGUCGACACCAUCGUCGUCUCAUCGCCGGAGAUCGCCAAAGAAAUACUUCUCAGGCACGACGGCGCCUUCCCGGAACGCCGCAUCGGCGCCGCCGCCCGAGCCCUCCGCCACCACACCAAAUCCCUCGCCUGUCUGCCCGUCGGCGCAAAGUGGCGGAGCCUCCGCCGGAUCUGCCAAGAACGAAUGUUCUCCGCCCAACGCCUGGAUUCCGGCCGGUUGCUCCGCCAGGAGAAGCUGCGGAAGCUGGUGGACCACGGCCGCGACUGCUGCCGGAAAAAAUUGGUUAUGGACGUCGGAACGGCCGCGUUCGUGACGGCGCUGAAUCUGAUAUCCAACACCCUCUUCUCCAUGGAUUUCGCCGACUAUGGAUCCGAUUCGAGCCAGGAAUUCGCCGAAUCGAUCCGUGGGUUAAUGAGGGUUUUGGGGAAACCUAAUGUGGCGGAUUUUUUCACGAUUUUGAGGACGUUUGAUCUGCAGGGAAUCAAAAGGGAAUCGGAGUUUUAUGUUGGCAAACUGUUGGGAAUAUUCGAUGGAAUCAUUGAUCGACGGCUGGAGAUGAGGAGGAAUUCGGAAAGAGGAGAAGCCAUGGACGAUAUGUUGGAAGCUCUGCUGCAAAUCAAUGAAGAAGAUCAGAAGAACGAUGAAGCUGAUGAUCAUUUAAGUCGUGAUGACAUUAAACAUCUUCUUCUGGAUUUAUUUGUAGCAGGAACAGAUACAUCAUCAAGUACAGUAGAAUGGACAAUGACAGAGCUAUUAAGGAAUCCCAACAUAAUGUGCAAAGCUAAACUGGAAAUCCAAACAAUUAUAGGACAAGAAAAGAGAUUCAUCGAAGAAUCAGACAUCCCAAAGCUACCAUACUUACAAGCAAUAAUCAAAGAAUCUUUUCGAUACCAUCCCCCGGGGCCAUUUUUGGUACGUACAAAGGGUAGGGACGAUCAUAUCGAAAUAAAAAAUUAUACAAUACCUAAAAAUGCUUUGAUCUUCAUCAACAUAUGGGCAGUUGGAAGAGACCCCAUUGUGUGGUCAAACCCUAAUAUGUUCGAUCCCGAAAGAUUCUUACAUGGAAAAAUAAUUGAUGUCAAAGGGCAGAAUUUUGAGUUGAUACCUUUUGGCGCCGGGAGAAGAAUCUGUCCGGGGAUGGCAUUGGCUUAUAGGAUGAUCCACUUAAUGGUUGCUUCUUUGAUUCAUAAUUUUGAUUGGGAACUCGAGGGUGGGAUCGAGCCGGAAGAUGUCGAUAUUAGUGAAAAUUUUGGACUUUCAUUACAAAAGGAUUUGCCUCUUAGGGCUAUACCUUUGCAUAUUAGAUAAAGAUUUGUAUUAUGGUAGAUGGAUGGAUGGUCUUUGUCGUUAUUGACAUAAUGUUUAGUCGUAAAAGAAUGGGUAUGGAUCAACUGUUGAUUCAAUCAAGUCAGCAUAGUGCUGAUUUGACUAAAUAAACGUAUGUUAUAGAGA